CAGGUAGGCGCACAGGUCAUGCUCAUCAAGAACUUGGUACAAGGCCAGCUGGUCAAUGGUUCUCUGGGACGUGUUGUAGCCUUCAGUACACCACGUGACGCGAGGAAAUGCGGAACAGAUAUCGCGAAAGAAGCCCCCAACGGAGCCGAGAAGCAAAAACCAGAUCAGCAUACAUUGCAAGUGGCAGAAAACUAUAUCUGGCCGAUUGUGGAAUUCAGGAAUGGACAUACACUACUAUGUAUCCCUGCUACCUUCGAAGCGAUCAAUGCGGAUGGCAGGGUGGAGGCUACUCGUCACCAGGUGCGCUCCGAUAUUCUCGCUGACGGUACGUAUUCAUUAUCAAUGCAAAUGUUUCACAGAUACCCCUCAUAUUGGCAUGGGCAUUGA